CGCCCAGAUCCGUUUUGAAGAAACGGAAUAGCGCGCUGUUCGUUAACUAAAGAGCAAAUGCGGCUAAAUAUCAGUUGGAUAACAAAAAAACCAAGUCAGAACGUAUUAUAAUACUAUAAAUUCAAUUUUGUUGUUCGGGAUAACAAUUUUCAGAAGCCCAUUCUUGACCAUACCUCAGUUCCAAAAAGCUCCCUCCUAUCCACCAUCCUCUCCCACUUCCUCUUCUCGUCUUCGCAAAUCGCAAUCCUCAGAAAGAGAGAGGGAGAGAGAUGGCGGCGAGCGCGCUGCUGACGGGGUCGCCGUGGCUACGCAUGCGCCUCCUCCCGGACGCGCCCGCGCGCCCCUUCCGCCGCCUCCAUCUCUGCCGGGCGCUCUCCGCCCGCGCCUCCGCCGCCACCGGCGGCGCCGAGGGCAACUCCGGCCCCGUCCGCGUCCGCUUCGCGCCGUCGCCCACCGGCAACCUCCACGUCGGCGGCGCCCGCACCGCGCUCUUCAACUACCUCUUCGCGCGCUCCAAGGGGGGACGCUUCGUGCUCCGCGUCGAGGACACCGACCUCGAGCGCUCUACCAGGAAGUCCGAGGAGGCCGUCCUCGCCGACCUCGCUUGGCUCGGCCUCGAAUGGGACGAAGGUCCUGACGUCGGUGGGGAGUUUGGUCCUUAUCGCCAGUCAGAACGGAAUUCACUAUACAAGAAGUAUGCCGAGAAGCUUUUGGACUCUGGUGCGGUUUACCGUUGCUUUUGCUCCAAUGAGGAACUUGAGCAAAUGAAGGAAGUAGCAAAGCAGAGACAGCUUCCUCCUGUGUAUAUGGGGAAGUGGGCAAGUGCUUCUGAUGCAGAGGUACAUCAGGAGUUAGAGAAAGGUACGCCGUACACUUACCGCUUCCACGUGCCAAAGGAAGGGUCAUUGAAAAUUAAUGACUUAAUUCGUGGUGAGGUCAGCUGGAAUUUAGACACUCUUGGUGAUUUCGUGAUUAUGAGAAGCAAUGGACAGCCUGUGUAUAACUUCUGUGUGACAGUUGAUGACGCUACCAUGCAAAUAUCUCAUGUUAUCAGAGCUGAAGAGCAUUUACCAAAUACAUUGCGGCAAGCUUUAAUUUAUAAAGCUCUUGGAUUUGCAAUGCCUUCAUUUGCUCAUGUUUCGCUUAUUCUGGCUCCUGACAGAAGUAAACUGUCUAAACGGCAUGGAGCUACUUCUGUGGGGCAGUAUAAAGAGAUGGGCUAUCUACCUCAGGCAAUGGUCAAUUAUUUAGCACUACUGGGCUGGGGUGAUGGUACUGAAAAUGAGUUCUUCACUAUAGAUGACCUAGUCCAUAAAUUCACUAUAAAUCGUGUCAAUAAAAGUGGAGCGGUCUUUGAUGCAACAAAAUUGAAAUGGAUGAAUGGACAACAUUUAAGAUCAUUUCCCCAUGAUGAACUCAUCAAGGCUUUUGAAGAUCGGUGGAAGGACACAGGCAUUCUCCAGGAAUCUGAAAGUAGUUUUGCUAAGGAAGCUGCCGAGCUUUUGAAGGAUGGUAUUGAUUUGAUAACAGAUGCUGAUGCAGCUCUUACAAAUUUGUUGUCAUAUCCCCUUCAUACUACUUUAAGCAGUGAGGAAGCUAAACCUGUGGUGCAAGACAAGAUUUCUGAGGUUGCUUCGAGUCUUAUUUCUGCGUAUGAUAGCGGUGAACUCACUCAAGCACUAGCUGAGGGCCGUGAUGGUUGGCAGAAGUGGGUUAAAGGUUUUGGCAAGUCUAUCAAAAGAAAGGGCAAAGGGCUCUUCAUGCCGCUCCGCGUACUGUUGACCGGGAAGCUUCAUGGACCUGACAUAGGUGGCGCUAUUGCCCUAAUACACAAAGCCGGCGUCUGUGGUGCGGUGACUCCGCAGUCCAACUUUGUUACUCUAGAUGAGCGGUUCAGGGUCCUGAAGGAGAUUGACUGGGACUCGUUGGCGAAGGAGCAAGAAACUCCUGCUGAAUCUGCCGUUCCCGCCACUUAAUAGGCUGUGACAGUAGCAGCUUAGUAGGCCUUCGUAUCUGUCAGGGAUGAUGUUGCGCUUGAAGAGUUCUGUCCAUUUUGCCGUGUUUUUUUUUGUCACCGUUCGGUUCCAUCGAGUAGAAGUUGAGUAGUUAAUAAAGCGGAUUUUGAGCAUAGAUCGAUGCUGUAAUGGGGGUAUUGAAUUACUAGACGAGGAUGUCUGUAAUCUAGGCGCCUGCAGUCUUUUCUUUUGCUGAAUCCAGGUGUUCAUAAACAAUAUCAAAAUUGUUUGGCACUCGGAUGUUACUCGUGUUUGACAAACUCAGGCCCAGUUUGUUUCCUUCUGUUCUAAACAUCUAAUUAUCUGUUUAUGUAUUAUCAUA